GCAGUAUAUAAAGGGAGGCGUUGAAAGAAGGUUUCAGAACGAGAACAGCAUCUUGUGUCUACUUCAUCAACAUGGUGACUACUUUUGUGCUGCGUGUGGCCCUUCUCGCUAUGGUGGCGAUGGCUGUGGUGUCGACGGUGAUGGCCCAUCCUAACCCUGGCUAUGGCCAUGGUGGCUAUGGGUAUGGUGGCCACGGCGGAGGUCAUGGUGGCUAUGGGUAUGGUGGCCAUGGCGGAGGUCAUGGUGGAUAUGGUGGGUACGGCCAUGGUGGAGGACAUGGCGGCUAUGGCUAUGGUAGUUAUGGUUAUGGACGUUGAAUCGGAUAAAAUUUGUGGUAUAUGGACCUUUUGAAUAAAUGA